ACCUUUACACGGUGACACGACCCGGAACUGCAGGGAGUUUAUGAAGUGGAGUCCACUGAGUGAAAGGUGUACAUAACGAGUUAUUUUUUAAGUCCGUCAGUGCAGGGUCCGGGUCCUUCGGGCUUCACCAUGCCGUACCUGGGCUCCGAGGAGACGCUGAAGGAGCUGAAGAGAGCGCUGUCGAACCCAAGCAUCCAGGCAGACCGUCUGCGCUACAGGAACGUGGUCCUGCGUGUCAUCCGGCUCAUGACACAGGGCCUGGACGUAUCACCCCUCUUCAUGGAGAUGGUGAAGGCCAGCGCCUCGGUGGACAUGGUGCAGAAGAAACUGCUCUACCUCUACAUGUGCACCUAUGCGCCGCUCAAGCCAGACUUGGCGCUGCUAGCCAUCAACACCCUGCGCAAGGACUGCGCCGACUCCAACCCCAUGGUGCGAGGCCUGGCUCUGAGGAACAUGUGCAACCUGCGGAUGCCGGGCAUCACAGAGUACAUCCAGCAGCCCGUGUUGGCGGGGCUGCGCGACAAGGCCUCCUAUGUGCGCAGGGUGGCAGUGCUGGGCUGCGCCAAGAUGCAGAACCUGCAGCCGGAAGCUGAGAUAGAUGGUGCUGUGGUGAACGAGUUGUACGGGCUGCUGCGGGACCCUGACCCUGUGGUGAUGGUCAACUGCCUCCGUGCUCUGGAGGAGAUGCUGAAGGCCGAAGGGGGUGUGGUCAUCAACAAGCCCAUUGCCCACCACCUGCUGAACAGGCUAAAGGAGCUGGACAGCUGGGGGCAGAGCGAUACGCUGACUUUCCUGUUGCGCUACGAGCCACGCGAUGAGGCCGAACUCUUUGACAUCCUCAACCUGCUCGAUGGCCAUCUGCAGAGCAGCCACGGUGCCGUGGCGACUGCCACGCUUCGCCUCUUCCUGCGGCUGGCCGCCGCCCACCCAGCAGUGCAAGCUGAUGCCCUCAGUCGUGCUCAGGGCCCCCUGCUGGCGAUGUGUGCUUCUGCGUCCCGGGAGCUGCGCUUUGCCGCCCUCUGUCACGUGCGGCGCCUCCUACGGAGCGUUGCGACCCAGUACGCUGCCCACUACAAGCGCUUCUUCUGCAGCUACUCGGAGCCCGGCUACAUCCGGCUGUGCAAGAUGGACAUCCUGGUGGAGCUAGUUAACGACGAAAAUGUGGCAUUGGUGCUCGAGGAGCUGCGUGCCUACUGCACUGAUGUGCUCCCUGAGCUGGCCCAAGCGGCCAUCUUCGCCAUCGGUCGAAUAGGGCAGAUGUACAGCGAGCGUUGCCUGGGGAUACUCGUCAGUCUGUUGGGCCUGAGGCAGGAGCACAUCACUUCCGCUGUGCUUCAGACCUUCCGCGACUUGGUGUGGCUGUGCCCUCAGUGUACGACAGCCGUUUGCCGGGCUGUUGCUAGCUUGGAGGACAGUAUCCAGGACAGUGAGGGAAAGCAAGCUCUGAUAUGGCUGCUGGGUGCGCAUGGUGAUAAGAUCAGCAGCGCCCCCUAUGUUCUGGAGGACUACAUUGACAGCCUCAAGGCAGAGCUCUCCUCCCUGGUGAAGCUGGAACUCCUGACAGCCACAGUGCGCCUUUUCCUGUCCCGCCCAGCAGAGACCCAGGACAUGAUGGGCCGCCUGCUGCACUACUGCAUAGAAGAAGAGGGUGACAUGUGUGUGCGUGACCGCGCCCUGCUCUACUACAGCCUGCUGCUCUGCGGCGUGGAGGAUAUACGCCGCAUCCUUGGGGGACCCACAACAGAUGCCUCCUUGGGUGUGAUCGCUGGACACUCCGAGGAGCCUGUCGACAGCUGGGCGCCGCACUUCAACACCUUGGAGCUGUUGUUGGCCCGAGGAUGUUGGAAUGCAGCCCUGUCCAAGGGGGGCUUCCACAGUGUGGCCUGCAGGGUGGAAGGGUACCCCCUGGGAGGGCUAGAAAGAGACGGUAACACCCUGCACACUACCCCGAAGGAUGGGCCUCAUUCGAGCCUGAGCCUGAGCCUGGAACCUGCGUUAUCCCCCGAGUCCUUCGAGCGACACUGGCUGGAGCUGGAUGUCUCCCACGUGGGGCCUGUCACCUGCCCCUGGCCACACUGUCUCCCGGAGGCCCUGCAGGCUGCCCUGCAGCUUGUACAGAUCCAGGUGCUAGCCUUCAGUAGACCUCAAAGCCUGCCCUGGAAGGCGUACCUGUACUCGCACGGCGACGGGACGCUCAUUCUGGCCGAAGUGCUACGCGACUCGACCCAGGGCGCCGACCACCUCCAGCUUACCAUGAAGCAGGUGCCGAGGGACAAGCAUGUCCUACAGGGAUUUGUGGCAGUGCUGAAGUCAGCACUGCAGGCACUGAGCAGAGACACCUCAUGAUGGCCUGUCACACUGACCGUGAUGAGAGAAGCACAACGGAUUGGCAGUCACUGUCCGAGCCAAGAAACACAUACAGCUUCUGGGAUCGCUGCUCUGGGCAGCGGGUGUUGGUGUCCAUCUUUCUGUCAGUGCUCUCUGUUGGGGGUGUGAAGAACUGCCACUGGCUGGGGCAGAAGGGCUCCACUCGGUGUCCUCACUGCAUUAGAAGCAGUGCUGUGGCCUCACUGAAUGGUCAUCUUUCGAAGGACUGCAACUGUUGUCGUUCCAGUUAAUUGCAGAGCACUGUAAACUCUGUGUGUGUGUGUGUGUGUGUGUGUGUGUGUGUGUGUGUGUGUGGACUGCUUAUAGCCCUCCAAGUAGGACAUGCAGGUGCUGCACAGUUUUAGGAGGAUUCAUGGGGAUUUUUGAAGGCUGACAUAUGCUCUCACGCAUAAUGUGCGCUUGACAUUCAUGAUUCGUUAAACAUGCUGUUGCUGGCACUGUCCAGCUUCUCCUUUUUGAAAGGGCAUACGGAGCAGUCCGUACCCAGCAGCAGGUAUGAACAGCCGUGAACGGAAAUGUAAUUACACACUCACUCCGGACUCUCAGCACUACCAGCCAACGUGAUUGCAGUGUGUCUCCUUGUAGCUGUGUGUGUGUAUUUUAAACCCAAGUUUUGUAUGUGCUACAUUACACAUUUAAAUCUCUAAGGGAACAUGUUUCUGUAGUACAUUUCUUCCCUGCUUCAAAGCAUUGUAUGUGUCUGUCCUAUGACUUAAGAAUAAUGAUGAUCUGUAGGUAGAAGAAUGUAGCUGAGCAACAACACUGUAGAACCAGUAAUGCAGGUGAGCAAAGCUCAUGUCAGCUGUCAACAGAGUGCAGCGAGUGUGCACAGGAAUUCUGCUGUCAGUACCAGCCUUUGCUUUCCUUUGCUUAUUUGUGUUGUGCGCUGCAAAGUGCCCUAAAUUAUUAUUAUUAAAGUGUUUAAGACUGCAUUGCAGGCCCCAUUUCACAACCUGCUAAAUGGGGACAGAACCCAAAGGAGUUGAGAGGAACAGCAAAACAAUAAUGGCUGGUAAUAAAAUGUUCCCCUUGCUAAAGUGCUGUUACUCGGUACAACCCCAGUUCCUAAGAAGUGGGGACAGUAUGAGAGAGAGAGCUUUUGUUUGUGUUAGCAUUUUCCUCACUGUCCUGACUUCUUUGUAGUUGGGUUGUACAGCAGCAGUUUCACUUACAUAACAGGUAUUUUAUUCACUGCCUCUUUCACUCUGCGAAGGUGUACAAACACUGUGCCUCUGCUCUAACAGAGGCGACAGCUGUACACACACACAAAAACAAACUUGUUUCCUCCCCUGAGAUGGAAAACUCGAGCCACGGAAGUAACAGGCCUGUUGAGUGCAGGCAAGUGCAGUACUAUAAUCCACCCGGAGCUCUAGACUGUGCCUCCAGAACCCAGAAGUAGAACAGUUACAGGUUUGAGAAAGGUGUGUGUAGCGCAGUGUGCUUUUACAGCGCUGUGGUGACAAGAAGUGAUUUAGGCAAUGCUAUGGCAUUUCCUUCCUUGUGUGUGAAGUAAAGAAAAAAAAAAAAGAUGCUGAGGGGAGGGGAAGAGCGCUCUGAGGUGCUCCGAAACGAGUGCAAUGUUCUAGUGACACACAUGAAGAUUAACUGUACAUAGUGUACACUGAUGGGCUUCUAUUAUACUGCUGGAGAAUGAUGGCAUGUUGGAAGUUCUAUUCAGUGUGCUCUCAUGUUGGUGAAGUAUUGAUCAUAUGACCUUCGUACGUGAUGUGUUCUAAUGAAGCACGUAUGUAAAUAAAUGUUCUUCUC